AUGGCACAAGCUCCAGACACGGACACAAUGGGUGCUUCAUCGGAAAGCAACGAGGAGUUCCUGGAUUUUUUAGGAGAAGCCCGAGGCGCGAUCUGGAACUUUUUUUUUAAUGUGACCGAGAACUGCAAGCUGCCCCACACUGUAGCAGAAAAGGUGUUCAGCGAUCUGCAACUCGUCUUUGAACAGAUAAUGAAGGCGUUUGCUAACGAAAUGGCAUCCAAGCUUGAUCUGUCCGCCAUGUCUCCCGAUGUGCUCUCGCUGCUCAGAUGUUCGUUCCUGCCGGACCUCUUCAAAGGAAUCCAGAGCAGACAUCUGCGGGAGCAGUAUGCCAAAGCACAUUCCCCCUAUGUAGAACCAAGGAAGUGUGAACUCGGUUCCCAUGGUGACAAAUAUCACUAUGUGCCACUACCAAGAGUCCUUGAAAAGCUCUGCGAGGUGCCCGACAUUGCUGCCCAGCUCAUGACACGACAAGCGCGCUGCGACGACCCUAAGGUGUACAGAGACUACACGGAUGGUCUUCUGUUCCAAAGCAUCAAGGACCUCAUCCCCGAUGGCACCCAGUACACCAUCUUCAUCCUGCUGUACAGUGACGAGGUUGAAAUUUGCAACCCAUUAGGGGCAAAGCGUGGGGUGCAUAAACUGCUGGCAGUUUAUUUUACCCUGCUAAACCUCCAUGCGAAACACAGGUCCCAGCUGAGAUUUAUUCACUUGGUGCUUCUUGCCAAGUAUGAUGACGUCCAGACCUAUGGCCUGGAGAAGGUUCUGAGCCCGUUGAUUGAGGAUAUCAACGAACUAGGAAUGUGUGGAGUGAGGUUCAUUGACAGAGGGCAAGUACAGAAUGCACAGGUCUUCGUGUUUUGUGUUUGCGGUGACAACCUUUCCAUGAAUCGACUUGGAGGAUUCACGUGCUGCUUUAGUCGAGGCAGGGUGUGCCGCUUCUGUAUGGCAUCUUCUAAACGUCUGCCAGAGCUAACCACAGAGGACUUUUGUACUAUACGUACAGCUCAGGCCCAUGAGGGACACCUGCAGGCCGUCUCUCUCAACCCCAAGGCCAACAAGAAACUGUAUGGCGUGAAUGAACGCUCUCCCAUGCUGGAAGUGCCAUAUUUUGAUGUGACGCGACAACUUCCCCCAGACCUCAUGCACGACAUUUUGGAAGGGGGCUUUGAGUGUGUGCUUCGGCCGGUUCUAAAUGCGCUCAUCGAGGAUGAUGUAUUGUCGUACAGUGAUUUGGACCGCAUCACUUCGUUUCAGUAUGGGGCAAAUGACAGCAAAAACAAACCUGUUGCGAUUAACAGGUCCUUCUUGACUCGCAAAGCAAGCCUGAAAGGCACCGCAACUGAGAAGUGGUGUCUUCUCAGGCUCAUGAGCAUAAUCCUUGGUGACCUGGUGCCAGAAGAGAAUGCUGACUGGGAAUUAUACCUUCAGUUCCGUGAAAUUGUAGACAUCUGCUUUGCAACAGUCAUUCCCAGUGAAUACCUUCCCUACCUGGAAACGGCUGUGCAGGCUUUUCUUUUGGCGUUCGCAGAGCGAUACGGAACUGCAGCUAUAAUUCCCAAGCUGCAUUUUCUUGUUCACUAUGCAAGGUUCAUCCGUGAAGUUGGACCACUGCCACAGUUCUGGUCCAUGCGGUUUGAGGCUAAGCACCAAUACCUCAAGAGCCUUGCCUCGCGUAUCAAAAACUUCCGGAAUGUGACACUGACGUUGUCGAAACGACAUCAACUGCUGCAAAGCCACCAGCUGAAGGAUAUGUCGUUGGCCGCUGAACUCGUGGCCUCGUCUGGCAAACCGGUCGAGCAGAAUGCCCUGCCGGCCUGUGCUCAGGGUGUGCUACCAUUGGAUGCACACCAGGUGACACAUGCAGCAGUGGACCACCGCAGCUACAGGUGUGGUGACAUUCUUGUCAGAGCUGCACAGAAUGAUGGGCCAGAAUUUUGGAGAGUUGAGGCUCUGUAUGUUGCCUCAGGCAGACUGCUAAUCUUGGUUGAGACAUUGACCAAUGAAGGGUUUGACAGACACAGGUUCUGCUACAAUGUGGGUAGGUCUAGCCACCGAAAACUCGUGGAGGCUGAGGAGGACGACACCCUACACUGUGCUCUGGACUUGUACAACGGCAAGGAAGUUGUUGUCAAAUGGGAGGUGGUUUAA